GUUUGGUGUCAACUGACUUGCCAUGUAGUACGCUGUUGGGUCAGACACAAAACAUGUAACCACAAGAAUUUAUUACAAGCGACGCGACCUCUCAAGGCGUCACUAAUCUUUUCCUGAUGUGAUUACGCAACAAAUGUCCUACAUAUUAAUUUUGAACACUUUGGUUUACUUUUUGUAAAGUUUAUUUAUGGUAACAUUUGCCGAAUUUCUAAAUAAUUUUUUUUAAUUUAAAAUAAAUGGUUGAAAUAAACAUGCCUGAUACUAUUCCAGUAGAAUGUAUAAAUAGUUUAAGCUGUAUGCAUUUGAAAGCGAUAACUGUACUAACAUGUUUCUUAAUACAAAACUGAAUAAAUUCUUGUUUUGUAACUGAAUUAACAAACUGUGUAUUAUUUGCUAGUUCGCAAAUGCUAUACUGUACAAUAAAAUGGUUGGAUUAAUAAAAUAAAUCAAUAAACCGCCCUGAAGAAGAACAAAAUGCUAAAAUAAAAUAGUUUUUUAUAUAAAAAAAUGAGUAGUGAAGAAAACAUGUCCGAAUUCCUUCAAAAUCUUUGUUAAAUGAGUAAGAAAUUUUGCCUGCCAAAGUUUGUGACUAUGACGUAACAAGUGUCAUUAUGAUUGACAAUCGGAAAUUUGGCUGCGUGCCAACAAAUUUUUCACACAAUUUCACAUUUUUGUUGAUUCACGACGCAAAGUUUCUACUUUGAUUCUGUUCCAACAAAGCGAUUCAACCUUUGAAGUUUACUUCAACACUCGAUUUAUUACAAAUCUGCGAUCUCUCUUCCAACUAUGGCUAUCGGAAGAAACAAAGACAUGGUGGAAAUCCUGUCUUCCCGUCCCGAAAGGUCGACGAAGGUGACUGAUCCACUGUUUCUCGUUUUUCUCUUUGUCUGCGUUGGAGGUAUGGCCUGUAUUGCCUGUUAUAGCUUUCUAUAUGGAAGCCCGUUUCGAUAUGUCUAUGGUGCUGACUCCUGGGGUAACGUCUGUGGGCGUAAAGGUAACGUCCAAGUUAUGGGAGUACAGCAUUCUGGUAUGGACAUGUCCGAAAAUAAGUUGCUGCUUGCUCUCCGGGUCGACUCCGACCCGGAAGCCCCGCAGCAUGAGGCAUUUCUUUGUGUGAAGAGAUGUCCGACUGCGAUGCAAAGUUGCAGUGAGAUGCUGAUAUCCAAUGGAUAUCAACAUCUAAACCAGUCUCUGGUUCGCAUGCGAAUUUGCGAAUCGCCGUCAGCGAAGAUGGCUGCGUUUGAAGACGCAGGCAAUAGAUGUGUGGUUUCGAAAGGAAACUUGGCAGUAUCUUCGACUGAAGAAAACACCCUUUCCCUUGGUCACCACCCCACCGUCCCCUCUCAUGACUUUGCCACCUUUGGAAUUGACCUUAGUUCUUUCGUCGGAGUUGGCGAAGUUACCGGAGUAAGUGCAGCUAGCGGAAUUACCGGAGUAGGUGAAGUUAGUGGAGUCGGUGGAGUCAGUGGACGAGUUAGAGGAGCUAGCGGAGUCAGUGGAAUUGGUGAAGCUAGCAGAAUUACCGGAGUUAGUGAAGUCAGUGAAGUUAGUAGAGUUAGCGGAGUUAGUGGAGCUAGCGGAUUUAGUGGAGCUAGCGGAGUUGGUGGAGCUAGCGGAGUUAAUGGAGCUAGCAGAGUCAGUGGAGCUAGCAGAGUCAGUGGAGCUAGCGGAGUUAGUGGAGCUAGCGGAGUCAGUGGAGCUAGCGGAGGUAAUGGAGUUAGCGGGGUCAGUGGAGCUAGCGGAUUUAGUGGAGCUAGCGGAGUCAGUGGAGCUAGCGGAGUCAGUGGAGCUAGCGGAGUUAAUGGAGCUAGCAGAGUCAGUGGAGCUAGCGGAGUUAGUGGAGCUAGCGGAGGUAAUGGAGUUAGCGGGGUCAGUGGAGCUAGCGGAUUUAGUGGAGCUAGCGGAGUCAGUGGAGCUAGCGGAGUCAGUGGAGCUAGCGGAGUUAAUGGAGCUAGCAGAGUCAGUGGAGUUAGCGGAGUUAGUGGAGUUAGCGGAGUCAGUGGAACUAGCGGAGUCAGUGGAGCUAGCGGAGUCAAUGGAGCUAGCAGAAUCAGUGAAGCUAGCGGAGUCACUGGAGUUAGCGGAGUCAGUGGAGCUAGCGGAGUCAGUGGAGCUAGCGGAGUCGGUGGAGCUAGCGGAGUUGGUGGAGCUAGCGGAGUUGGUGGAGCUAGCGGAGUUAGUGGAGCUGGCGGAGUUAGUGGAGCUAGUGGAGUCAGUGGAGCUAGCGGAGUUACCGGAAUUGUGAAUCCGCACAGAGAGAAGAGAGCUGUUUUCCCUAGCCGAAACGGCGUCUUGGACAAAAUGUCGUAUGGUUUGAACAAGUGCACGGAUGUAGUCGUACGCUACUCGAUGAAUAAUUGGAAAAUCCUGUUAUAUUCUUGUGGGGUGGCAACGCUCGUAUGUUUUGUCCUCAUCCUACUUCUUCAGACCUUUCCUAGAGCCGCGAUUAUCCUGACAUUGGCCAACUUUGUAUUGGUUAGUGCCGCAUGCACCGCUUUUUUGAUAUACCGCACCAUUUUGGCUUGGCCGACACAUACAGUUGUGAUUAUGGGAACCAUUGCCGACCCUGUAAUCACAGAUGACACCUCAGCUGCAAAAGACCAACAUGUUGGUUAUGUUACGUUGAUCCCGCUGCACAUCCGUCUACUGAUCGGAAGUAUAGUUUGUGGCUUGUUUUCAUUAACCUUGUUGUCAAUUUUGAUCUGGAGCAGGAAAACAAUUUCUUUCCUCAUUGAUUUAAACAUUGAAGUAUCGGAGUUGCUGCAGGAGAUUCUCACCAUAUAUACCCAGCCAUUAGUAACCCUUUUAUUUCAGUUGGGUAUUUUCUUCUAUUUCGUGGCUGUCUCUUUAUAUCUUCUUACAAUUUACACCCCGAGACCAGACGCCGAUGGAAUGGUGCUUUAUGUCCCAGAGCCAGUACUACAGACUGUCGGACUGCUUAUUCUGCAUUUGAUUUUAACUUGGUGGUUCUUAUCCUUCGUGGAUGGAUGCAACCAAUGCAUCGUAUCUGGUGCCUUGAGUUGGUAUAUCUUCUAUUACGCAACUGCCAGUGACUGUUCGUUGUGUUUCCCAACAGUUAAACCUUUUGUACACACAUUGAGGAGCUCGCUGGGUUCGAUAACUCUUGGCUCCAUUAUUGAGCCGAUCACUCGCUUGCCACGCCUCGUUCUGUCUUCUUUAUCAAGCGUGGCGAAACCAGCCCAGGUUCGUCCUGCUGGACUCACUUUGGAAUACUUGUCGCAGUUGUCCUACAUUCGAAUUGGAAUGUACGGCGAAAAAUUCCUGCAGUCCGGUAAAGUUGGAUUUACCGUUCUGCAUUCGAUUGCCCCGCAGUUAAUCCCACUUUUGAGAAAGAACAGAUUCUGUCUCUACCUUGGAAAAGUUGCUGCUGGGAUCCUCACCGCAGUUGGAGCAAUCUCGCUGAUGUACUUCUACCUUGAAGUACAAAUAACCGAGAAUUAUGGCGAAGUCGUUACUUUGAUUGUGCCAGCGUGUGUCCUGGCCUAUACAGUUACUUCGUGCUUUUUCAACUUUUACAACACCGCCGCUGAAACCAUGUUCAUGUCUUAUUGCCACGAUCGGCAGAUUAACGACAACUUUCUCCGACAGCAUUACAUCAGUGAUCGGUUUGAGAAAUUCAUUCAAAAACACGAGCGAUAUUUCGCUAAAAACGACGACGACAAAAACAACGAAAACAACGAACGCCUCUUCGUCCCAGUCCACAAUAUCGAAACUACAUCAGUUCACGAUAUCGAAACCACAGUCCUUGAUAUCGAAACCCCAAAGAAGUUGAAGCGCCCACGUGCGGCGAAAGGAAAACGCACGAAAAACGAUGGCACCAAGUCCGUCAGUCCAACUGUACCGUAUACAAUGGACGACUUAAGUUUGGACGAAGUUUCCAUACCAACCAUCGAUUCGUUUGACUUCUUGUUAGACCAAGUAAAGUUUGAACGGGAGAUGUCGCCAUUAAGAAUGCGUUUGGACAUGACCCCAGCAGACGAGGACCCUUCUCGUCCGGUCACGCCCUUACCCCCUAUUAACAAACCAAAACAACCAUACGAGCCGGUGCUAGUUCCAGGCCAAAUAUUGGAGGAACCAAGCCCACCGUCUAAACCCCGGUUUAAGAAAUUGACAAAGAAAUCAACAGACAGCAGGGCAACACCGACUGCUUCUCUCGAGAGACCAGUUGCUCCUCAAGACUUAAUGAAGUAUCUUCCCCGAAGUCCUCUGUAUGACAGUCCUCCGAGACCAAAAACUGGAUACCCGCGGGCUCGACCAGCGGUUCAAUCUGUGGACGAAAUUCUUCACUACCGAGAUAAUCACAGUUCCUCCUCAAACGAGUCGGAAAUGAACUGCUCAACUCGCUUCAUUGAUACCAGAACAGUAACACCUGGGAUGUACAAGAAUCGACGUAAAAAUCUUGACCACCACGUCGAAUUCGUAAGCAUGGAGAGAUACUCUUCUGACGAUGACACUAUUGACCCAUUCAAAAAGCCCAUCCAUGACGAUUUCGCAGCUUACCACAGUGGUGGCCAACGCAUAGUUGAGCUGCCUGGGUUUAAUGCCCCCCCUUCAACGCCACGGGGACCAACAGCUAGUUUUGAGCACACGAUCUUGCGAAAUCCAUUUGAACGUUAAUUGGAUUGGCAAUAAAAAGACUUUUUUAUAUUUUGUAACACUGUAUGUUUUGCGCGCGCACUAAUACUUUUUCCAUAACCACAUAUUUUUUGUCUGCAAUAAAAUCCACACUGUGUGUGCACUU